AUGGGCAAUUCAUUAUAUCAGGGCCGUCCGGCCCACGAGGACCGCGUGGGAGAGACGGAGAAGGGUGACUAUUUCUACGGGACUUUUCGCGACGGUCCGAGUGAGCGUGAGAGUGAGAGUGAAAGUCUGGGUAUUCAGGAACGUGUUCAACGGUCUUUUGCUGUGCGUAUCAUGAUGAGCAUCGCUGCGCUUGUUCUGCUCUCGUUGGGCUAUUCUGUGACUGGAAAACCAGUCCCAGCUACGACCCCUGACCAAUCCUCCUGCAACACAAUCGAUGGAGGAUACCAAUGCUUCUCCAACGUCUCCCACCUCUGGGGACAGUACUCUCCCUACUUCGCCGUAGGAAGCGAGCCCGGCCUCUCCGGUGACGUCCCCUCAGAGUGCCAGAUUACAUUUGCGAAUGUCCUCUCGCGACAUGGAGCACGCUACCCGACAGCAUCCAAGAGCUCCAAGUAUUCAUCCCUCAUCGAAGACAUCCAGAACAAUGCUACCUCGUUCCCGGACAAAUAUGCCUUCCUCGAGACAUACGAGUAUAGCCUAGGCGAGGACGACCUGACCCAAUUCGGCGAGAACCAACUCGUCAACUCGGGAAUCAAAUUCUACAACCGCUACGAAAACCUCACAAGGAACAUCGUCCCGUUCAUCCGCGCAUCCGGCUCAGACCGUGUCAUCGCCUCCGGCGAGAAAUUCAUCGAGGGCUUCCAAUCCGCCAAAACCAACGAUACCCACGCAAAAACUAACCAAACAACACCAUCCGUCAACGUAGUCAUCGCCGAAGGCACCGAGUACAACAACACCCUCGACCACAGCAUCUGCACGAGCUUCGAAAACAACGACGACUUCGAAGACCACGUCGCAGACAACUUUACGGCCCUUUUCACGCCCUCCAUCCGCUCGCGCCUUGAAUCCGACCUCCCAGGAACAUCCCUCUCGGACACCCAAAUCAUCUACCUAAUGGAUAUGUGCGCCUUUGACACCGUCGCGCGCACCCCAGACGGUAGCAGCCUGUCCCCGUUCUGCGGUAUCUUCAUGGACGAAGAAUGGCGCCAGUACAAUUAUCUCAACUCGCUGAAAAAAUACUACGGCUACGGCGCGGGGAACCCCCUCGGCCCAGCCCAGGGCAUCGGGUACACGAACGAACUCAUCGCCCGCCUCACCCAAACACCGGUCCAAGACCAUACAAGCACAAACCGCACCCUCGACUCCAAACCCAACACCUUCCCGCUAAACACAACCCUCUACGCAGAUUUCGGGCACGACAAUGGCAUGGUCUCCAUUUUCUUCGCGCUGGGCCUGUACAACAGCACACAAGACCUUUCGCGGGAUACCAUUGAAUCCGCAAAGGGCGCAGGCGGGUACUCAGCCUCGUGGGCUGUCCCGUUUGCUGCGCGCGCGUAUAUCGAGAUGAUGCAGUGUGGUGGGGAGACGGAGCCGCUUGUCCGCGUGCUUGUUAAUGAUCGGGUUGCUCCGUUGCAUGGGUGCAAGGCUGAUAAGAUGGGGAGGUGUAGGAGGGAUGAGUUUGUGAGGGGGUUGGGGUAUGCGCGGUCUGGGGGGAAUUGGGGGAGUUGUUUUAAAUGA